AUGGCUACCAAUAAGAAGCCUAGCAAAGAGAGCAAACUGAAAAAGAUUCUGAAGGUGCCCCUCAAGAUUUUGACCAGCGCCAGGGACUUCUACAUGAAAGGCAUGACUGAAUACUCAGACCAGGUUUACGUGAUGGGUUACCCUACAGGAAAUCUUAAUAACAUGCCUCGCAGCUACAGUGUCAGCUCCUCAAAAUCAAACCACUUUGAUGAUGACUACAGGGAGCUUUUAAGGGCUGCAUCCACAAGGAGUACUUUAGGACGAAGCAACAACAUGGAUGUUCGUACAAGACAGCAAUAUAUUACUCGUGAUAAAAAAUCUGCAGCUGAAGUAGCAGACAAUAUGUCUAGGAGUCGUAGCGUUGCUAUUGGAAGAAUCGACGAAGAAACGUCAUGCGAUUUUGAUGAAGAUCAGGAUGUCAAGGCUAAGACUGGUCAUGUUUAUCCCAGAAGCAUAAGCUAUGCUGUUUCUAAAAGAACUCCUAAUAGGGCGUUUUAA